AUGGAAAGGAAUCAACUGAUCCAACUUUGGGCAGCAGAAGGAUUUCUUUAUUCAAAUCCAAGAAACAAUAAUAUGUGUAUGGAGGAAGUUGGUAACAUGUACUUUACCAUUUUGUUGGAUAGUAACUUGUUUCAAGAUGCAAAGGAGGAUAGGUAUGGGAAUGUUGUGAAUUGCAAAAUGCAUGAUCUUGUGCAUGAUAUGGUGCAAUCCAUUCCCAGUUCUAAAACUUUGAGGUUGACAGAGUCUGGAAGUGAUGACCAGAGGACGUUUCCCAUUCAGUAUCUUGCACUGGAGAGAAGUGGAGAAGAAAUGCCAUUUCCAUCCCCUGAAAGGUUCAAGUGUAUUACAACAUUAUUUUUGUUAGAAGACAAAUCACUUAAUGAUAGAGAGAUAUCAUUUUUUAUGUUGCGAACAUUAAGAGUUGAAGAUUGUGAUUCAUUGACAAAGUUUCCAGAAAAUUUCACGAAUUUGGUGAAUUUGAGGCACUUUGAAGUGCGAAAUUGCACAAACUGCAAAGAGUUACCAACUCUUGGGCACAUGUCCUCCCUCAGAUCUCUUCACUUGGAAAGUCUUGAUGGCAUAACAAGCAUAGGACCUUCUUUUUAUGGAGAAUCGACCAUACAUAGUGGAAGCGGCAGUCAAAGUCCUCUAAAAUUGUUUCCAGCACUUGAACAUUUCAUUCUAAGGGACAUGCACAAUUUGACUGAAUGGACGGAAGCAGAAGUUCAUGAUAGAGAAUUGAUGGUAUUUCCUGUCCUUGAGACGAUAGAGAUUGAAGAUUGCCCCGAACUAGCAACUUUUCCAAGUCAUUUUCCAAGUCUCAAGAAAUUGCACAUCGAUUGGAUUAAGAAUGGGUCAGCAGUAAUGGAAUAUAUUCGCAGCAGCGGAGUUAGCACUCUCACUAGUCUUUGCCUUUCGUCUGUGAAUGGGUUCACUGAGCUACCAAAUAUGUUAUUUCAAAACAAUCCAAAUCUUGCACAUCUCCAGUUAAGAUGUUGUCAUGAUUUGACCCAAUUCUUGGAUUUUCCGUCUGAUGUUCCUCAAACUUUAGAAGGUCCAAAUUCCCAAACAGUGCUUGAGUUGAGCCAACCACACACUUGUAUUGACAAUAGUGCUACUCAACGUUUGGUUGGUCUUGAGUCCCUUGAGAAAUUAGAAAUUUCCGAUUGCGAUUCACUCAAGUCGAUUUCAAUCCCCAAGGGAGACAAGUACCUCACUGCCUUGCGCGAAUUAGAAAUUUCCGAGUGCGAUGGGUUGACCCACUUGUCCAUCCCCAGCUAUCUGAGUCAGAGUGGGAUUCCACUUCUCCGCCCUCCCUCUCCGGUGCUUCUCCUCCUCCUCCUCUACCUCUCGAGGAAUUGA